AUGGACAUUCAUAAACGGGAAUAUGAAUCGGAUACCCAGAAACAGUAUAAUCAAGAUGCACCUACAGUUGACAAUCCAGGCCUUCAAGAUGAGCUACGAACCCAGAGAGACGUCAGCCACCUCCUCCAGCAAGACAGUGGCAACCGAGGAGUGGAGCACUUCACCAUCGAGCUGACCGAGGAGAACUUCAGGCGACUCCAAGCCGAGCAUGACAGGCAGGCUAAGGAGCUGUUCCUUUUGAGGAAGACAUUAGAGGAAAUGGAGCUGAGAACUGAAACGCAGAAACAAACCCUCAAUGCCCGAGAUGAGUCAAUUAAAAAACUUCUUGAGACGUUGCAAAGUAAAGGCUUGCCAUCCAAAAGCCUGGAGGAUGACAAUGAGCGAACGCGGCGGAUGGCAGAGGCUGAGUCUCAGGUCAGCCACUUGGAAGUGAUUUUAGACCAGAAAGAGAAGGAAAACAUACAUCUUAGAGAGACCUCUCAUGUAGUUUACAGAAGAGGAGCAACAAUUACUGGGAAGGCCUCUUGGAGGCAGUGACAGUAUGAACUGAGACCUGCAUAACCAAAAGGACCAGCCAUGUGAGGAUCUCAGAAGACUGUUCCACUCAAAUGGAAAGGCCCAUGGCCUAGGAGGUAGGUGCUGUUACUUUGCCUGUCUUACCUGGGGGAACUGAGGGACAAACCUAAUGUCACACUGCUAACAAAUGGUGAAGCUAGUAUUUGAAUCAGCCUGACUCUGGAGUCUCAGCUCUUAAACCAUUUUACUAUGUCCCUUUUCUUUUUCUUUUUUUGUGGGGGGGAUG